AUGUCUUCGGAAAAAAGAAAAGGUGGCUCCAUCACUGACUUGAUUGCCGGAGGUACGGCCGGUCUCUUUGAGGCUCUCUGUUGUCACCCUUUGGACACUAUCAAGGUUAGAAUGCAAUUGUACAGAAAAUCGGGCCAAAAACCCCCCGGUUUCGUUCGUACCGGUAUGAACAUCGUGCAAAAAGAGACCUUUUUGUCGCUCUACAAGGGUUUGGGUGCUGUGGUGUUGGGAAUUGUUCCUAAGAUGGGAAUCAGAUUCCAAUCGUACGAAUUUUACCGUUCUCUUUUGAGAGACGAUAAUGGCAACAUCUCCACUGGAAGCACCUUUGUGGCCGGUGUGGGUGCCGGUGUCACUGAGGCUGUGUUGGUGGUCAACCCAAUGGAAGUUGUUAAGAUCAGAUUGCAAGCACAACACCACUCCAUGGCCGACCCAUUGGAUGUGCCCAAGUACAGAAACGCACCUCACGCAGCUUACUUGAUUUGUAAAGAGGAGGGUUUCAGCACUUUGUACAGAGGUGUCUCAUUGACUGCUGCGCGCCAGGCUUCGAACCAGGGUGUUAACUUUACCGUUUACUCCAAGUGUAAGGAGUACUUGCAAAACUACCACAAUGUCGAGCAAUUGCCAAGUUGGGAAACUUCUUUGAUUGGUUUGUUUUCUGGUGCUUUGGGUCCAUUGUCCAAUGCUCCUUUGGACACCAUCAAGACCAGAUUGCAGAAGAGUACCUAUGCCUCCAACGAAUCUGGUUGGGUCAGAAUCGUCAAGAUCGGUAGACAAUUGGUUAAGGAGGAAGGUGUGCAUGCCUUGUACAAGGGUAUUACCCCAAGAAUCAUGAGAGUCGCUCCUGGUCAAGCUGUGACCUUCACUGUCUACGAGUACAUGAAGGGAGUUUUGAACGGAAACACUGCCAUUCCUGGUACCAACAAGAAGCUUCAAUAG